AGUGUUUUAGUCACCGCAAUGACUUUGUCGUUGGGAUUUUGGAUACUAUUACUGCUCCUGAUAAGCCCAUUAUUCAUCGGCGUUUGGUCAGCAUGCUGUAAGUGUCCCACCACCCGCUGCAGCGUACCCCAAUGGCCUUGCUGUAAUAAGAAGAGCAGGUGGUGGCACAACGUUUUGGGAUAAAAUGGUGCACUUAGACACAAAGUUUCAGCGCCUCCUACUUAUAUCAUCUGCAAUUGAAGGGUGCUCUGGGAAGUUGUCUUUUAUUCCGGGUCAAUUUUGCGCAACAAUUGUGUAAGCUCAUGACCUCCGGCCCAGUCCUAUACCGCGUUAGAACCCUCCUCUGCCCGCCCAACACGACUCGAUGGGAGCUGCCCGACAACGUCGAAUGAUUUAUUCAAUUUGUUCUAUGAAGCGUAAACUUUUUGUUGGCUCGUUUGAACGCCGCUGUCUGCGGAAGUUAGCUGUGUGAAUCAAUCGCUGGCGUGAAGGGUACAAGGUCCUUUCGGCAGACCUGGAACCGGAUCAAUUUCAACAGUUUUCCACACGACAAUGGACGAAUUUGGCUUAAAAAUUCUGGUUAAAUGCACCGAACUGAUCAAUAAAGUUACCGUUCUGAGGCUAUGAAAGAUUUA